CGUUGUCAGCAGCAGCAGCAGCUUCACGAUCCUCCCUCAACACAACACUGUGUCAAUACUACAUCACAAUGAGGCCGUAAUGUCCGACGCAGGCGAGAUCGGAGCAUCUUGUCCAGGUUACUGAUUCCUGUGUAUGGAUUUAAUGAUGAUGAAGAAGAAGAAGUUCAAGUUUAAGGUGGACUUUGAGCUGGACGAGCUCUCGUCGGUCCCCUUUGUGAACGGUGUCCUCUUCUGUAAAGUCAGACUACUCGACGGCGGCUUCUCCGAGGAGUCCUCUCGGGAGCCAGUGCAGGCCAACUGUGUCCGAUGGAGGAAACGGUUCUCGUUCCCCUGCAAGAUGAGCGCCAACGCCGGGACAGGUGUACUGGACCCUUGUGUGUGUCGUGUGUCUGUCAGAAAGGAGCUGAAAGGUGGGAAGGCAUAUGCAAAGCUCGGUUUUGCAGAUCUGAAUUUAGCAGAGUUUGCCGGCUCAGGGAAUACAACCCGCAGAUGUCUGCUGGAAGGCUACGAUACCAAAAAUACCCGCCAGGAUAACUCCAUUCUCAAGGUUAUCAUCAGUACGCAGCUUAUGUCAGGGGAUCCCUGUUUUAAAACGCCGCCCUCCACAGCCACAGUCAUCGGGAUCCAGGGGGAUGUAGAGAGCGUGCUGGAGGAGAGGAGGAGAGGGGACUCGCAGAAAGGCUGUUCUGCAGAGAGUCGAGAAGGGAAGUGUCCUGUUGUUUCUGAGGAUCUUGGCGGCUGCGGCCAUUCCCGAACAUCCAGCUAUGCCAGCCAACAGUCCAAACUUUCAGGAUACAGCACAGGUCACUCCCGCUCCUCCAGCAUGUCAGAGUUCAGCCAUCGGAGAAACCACUCAGUAGGGAGCGCCUCAACAGGCAUUGGUAGCAUCCCAGAGCCCAGUGAAGACCGGGACAGAGAGUCAAGACCCUGCCCUGCUCUACCGGAACACCCAGUCCCUACAGCCACUACUAGCAACCCAGUGGGUACACCAGUACAGAGUGCCUCAUCCUGUGAACGACUCAACAGAUACCCAGUGAAGCAGGACUCCAUGGAGUCACAGAUGAAGAGAAUGGACGACACGCGAGUGGAUGCAGACGAUGUUGUGGAAAAAAUUCUUCAGAGUCAAGACUUUACACCAAGCCUACUGGACUCCAGUGCUGAAGAGGAGGGCCUGCGUCUGUUUGUUGGCCCUGGUGGAAGCACAGCCCUAGGAAGCCAUCACCUUCAUUCCAGGGUUGGAGCUGGAGCAUACGAGCAGGUGGUGAUAAAGCGUUAGACAUGCAGGCUCUAAGAGGAGGGCUCACACUGCUUUGAGAAAAAACUAAACUUGAUGUUAGGCUGUGUCAGCUUCAAUCUGCACUCCUACAGCACACACAAGUUACCUGAUCAGCACUGUGUCCUCCCUGACAUUAACAUUAACAUAAAACGCCGACAGUCUGUUUCACAUUUUCUGGGAUUAGAUUAACCUCAUUAGUUGAAGUCCAACGUUUUCACGCAGCAGCCAAAACUGUACCGAAUAAAUUGUAGAGGAACUGGGAGAAAUCGAUACUGAGGACACAGGACAUGCUGUGUGUGUGUGUGCACCAUCAGAACAAACUGAUAUCAGCACUGAAGAGGAGUACGUGCUUUCAAAACAUUCCUUUUGACUCUUUUGUGUGUUCGGAGAUCUCAAAUAGGAUUUUAUAAUUAUGAAUAGCCUAUAAGCUGCUAAAAAGCCGCAGUUGUUGGCACUCUGACAACUGUUAUUGUUUUGAUUGUGAGAAUGUUUUACUACAAAAAGGAGGCAUCAGAGUCGAGCUAUUUGAGGAUGCAGACUGUGUGUGAGUGUAGGUAAGUGUCUUUUAUGUGUUGACCACUGUUAGCAGUUAUCCUGUUGUCGUGGAUGAGCGGGAGGAUGUGACACAAUGUCUUUCGUAGCGGAUGUUAUAUUGGUACUUGCAAAAAAAAAAAGAAAAUGUGAUAACAGACGUUCUUGUUGCAUCUGAAUGGCACACUGCUAAGUGUUGUUUAGGAGAAUCCUCCACAGAGAGGGGGAUUAACACCACAAUUGUUGAAGACCAAGUGAAGACAUUUUUUGAUACUUUCCUCACCAUAUUAUCACCAAAACUGUAGAAAAGUGUAAAGCAGUUAAAACUGGCUUUGAAAAUGUCACUUUCUACAAAUAGGGAGCGUAAUGAAUCUAAAUCCCAGUGACUAGGUUUUGGUUUUGUAGUGCUCACCAUGUUGCUGUAACAACACAUCAGUUCAGGUUGCGUUUACUGCACUCUGUCACGGAGAGACAGCCAACGAGACAGCUCAAAUAAAUGUAAUGCCUUGUAAAUUAUCAGAUUGAUUUCAGUAUUUUAAUAAGAGAUGUACAGACUAAUGCCCAGCUAAACAGAUCCAUUCUAUACCUGUAAUCGAAAGCUUACUAAAUAAAUGUUAUUUUCUUAAACAGAUUUAAAAGGACAAGAAAACUGAAAUAUAGGUAAAUACUGUGACUUCCCCCCAAAAAUUCCACAAAUAUUAUCCAAACACACAGGCAGUCUAGUUUUUUUUAGGUGAUGUUUCCUUCUUUUUUUAAAAAAAGAAAAUGUAAAUCCUACGUCAACGAUGUUAUGUGUUUAAUAUUCAGCCGAAAUUUUAAAAUAUGAAGGUUUUACGUGUCUGUUACGCAGUCUGCCUUUUUUCUGGUUUUUCUGCUCUUGUAAGUGAAUGCUUUCUGGCUUUGUAGGUCAGUAAAAACCAAAUGUAAAGGGGCUUCUGUGAUUAAUAUCAAGGUAGAAGGGCAUAUAUCCAAUGCCUGGCAUUUAAGCUAUGUAUCUAUUGUAUACCUAUGCUUUGCAACUCAACUACAUCAUUGGAAGAAGGCCUGUUGAUCAGGAAGCUUAAAUCAGCAAACAAAUGGAAGAUGCUGUGAUAUAUCAACAAUUUCAUAAACGUGCAACUGAUACAUACUGUAGUUUGUAUCGCUCUAGGAUUGUUAAAUGAAGGACUUAAUAGGUGAUUCACUGCCAUGUAGAAAAUGCUCAACAGCACCUGUCUUAAAAAGCUGCAGAGUAUUAGAUUUCUUUGUGUAUGUAUAUCUCCCUCCAGCUUAUAAACUGCUAGACUAAACAACAGUCUAAUAACAAAUCUAUUAUCCAACGCAAUCAGUAUCGAAUCAAUUAGAGCUGCAGAUAGAAGUCCGACUUCCUAAUAUACAUCUGAAAUCCUGAUAGUGUCAUGCAUGUUGAGGAUUUGAAUUUGUAGCCUCAGAAGAUUAACUGCACAAUAAACUCAUUAAAUAUCAAACUAGCCAAAGUACACAACAAACGAUUCACCAGGGACCCUGUCAGGCCUAUGCAUAGGGAGUAAAUACACAUUAUAACUAGUGAAAACAGACUGUAUAGUAUCUAUAAUCUUCUGUCUCCUGUCAUAAGCCAUAGUCGAAGUAUGAUACUUCCUUCCUUAGAUUAUAUACAUGUGGAAUCAAUAUCUGCACAAAUGUCAUUGUAUGGUAUUGAACUGUCAGUGUUCUCUGUUUCUGUGUCCCUCUGUUCUGCAUGAUGAAGAUGUCCUUUUGUUAGCUUGCAGAACUUGACACAUCUUCAUGUUUUACCUAAUUUAAUAUUGUGCCAUCUUUUAAUCUGAAUAUUUCCACACUGAAGGAAGAUUUUCACUUGCCUAAUUAGCAGGUAUAACAUCUGUUUUGUUAUUGAUACGUCAUGUUAAAGCAGAAAUCUGCGAAGUAUUUGCUGUGACUGUAAGUCAGUGUUCUCAUUUGAUUAUUUUGUAUUUCCGGCAUGGUUUGAAUUUUCAAAUGAUGAAAGUUACAUCUGAAGGAUAUCAUCGUCUGUGUUUUGGAAUCUUUCAUUGCUGAUAUUGUGCCAUAUGUUUUCUAAAUAAUUCAUUCUUUAAGGGAGAGAAAAAAAGUCUUCUCCCUGCAUAGUAAAAAAGUGUUUAGUGUAUGAUUUAUGGCUAUCCAAUAACAACUAUUGUCUGUUUUUUUUGUGUGUGUUUUUGGAUCAAAAUCACUUGUUUCACCUGUGGGGAACAGGUGUGUUCAUCUUGGUACCUAACAUGUUGUUACAAACAUGGUUUCUUCUUCUCUUCUGUGAAGCUGUUGUCUAUAUAAAACUGUCAAACGUAUUCUCCGGUGAAGUGAUGUUCUGCGCUGUUCUGACACCGUUCAGUGUUUCCUGUUAAAGGCUUGUUUUUUGACCAACAUCUGCUUCCUUAACAAGAGUACUGGAUGCUUCAAAUGUGUACCUUGCACUGUUGAAUUAAACGGUUAAAAAAUCUGGA